GAGAACUGCUCUGUGUGUAUAAGGUGGGGUGGUUCAUGGUUGAAGUUAAUAAGUAACAGUCACUUAAGGUUCAAAGGUUCAGUCAUACUGGGAACUGAGAAAAUUUGCUCUGGUGGCAGUUAAAGAAAACACUUUCUUAUUUGAAACUGUGUCAUUAUUACUAUUUUUGUGAAGUUGUAGAGAAUCUGAGAUGGGAAAGAAGCAGGCUGCUACAGGGCCAUUGUCGAGGCGCCCGGAUAACUCCGCAUUUAAACAGCAGAGGUUACCCGCCUGGUCUCCAUCUCUCACGGCACAGACCGUGCUGCCAACUUUCUACAUCAUCUCUCUCGUGUGCUUGUUUCUAGGCGUCUGGCUCCUCAUCACUGUUCAGAAAACACACGAACUGAAGGUGGAUUACACUAAUGCUGGAACAUGUCAACAGUGCUUCGAGAUGCGGAAGCAUGCCAUCCACACCAGAACGGCCUGCACAUGCUCAGUCAGCUUCUACAUUCCCAAAAACUUUUCGGGCGAUGUAUUCUUUUACUACGGUCUGAGGAACUUUCAUCAGAAUCUGCGGAGGUACAUGGACUCCCGUGAUGAUGCACAGAUGGUGGGGAGGAAGAAAAACCUGAAGGCACCGAGUUCGUACUGCGCUCCGUUCGAUUACGAUGCAAAUAGAGCACUACCCAUUGCCCCAUGUGGUGCUGUGGCCAACAGCAUGUUCAACGAUUCAUUAACAGUGUUCUAUUAUCCAACGAAUGAGCCAGGAGGAGGCCUACCAGUUCCACUCUACAGGAAGGGUAUCGCUUGGUACACGGACAAAAAUGUCAAGUUCCGUAACCCUCCGACCAACAACACAUUCACACUCCGACAAGCCUUUGAAGGCACGAUUCGGCCCUUAUACUGGCAGCGUCCGGUUUAUGAGCUGGAUGACACAGACUCCAACAACAAUGGCUUCAUAAAUGACGACCUGAUUGUUUGGAUGAGAGAGGCGGCCUUCCCUAAUUUCAAAAAGCUUUAUGGGGUUCUCAAUCGUGCUCAAGGGCCUUUCAAACAAGGCCUACCCAGUGGCAACUACAGCCUCUCAAUAAUUUACAAUUUUCCUGUCGAGCCCUUUCAAGGUCAGAAGGAGCUGGUGAUCUCCAUGGUGACCUGGUUUGGUGGGCAGAAUUACUUCUUGCCCAUUGCGUACCUGGUGACUGGUGGAAUGAUCUUGGUGGCAGCUAUUGUACUCACAGUGGUGUUUGUGAAAGUGGGCAAAGAGGGCAAGAACAUGGAGGAAUAAGCCAAAGAACGAAGGAAAUGUAUACCAGAAAAGAAUGACAAACAUUGCCCAUAAAAGUCAUUAUAGGCACAUUGGAAGCAAUUGAAGUGUACAUAUGCAUUGUACAUAUCAUCCUCUCUAAUUAUGAGGGAAAAAAAAAAAAAAACUAAUUGUGUCCAAAACCCAUUUUGUAUGGUUUAAUAAUAAUAUUAAUAGUUUCAAAUACAGUGGCAUUCAAAAACACACAUCGGAGAAAAAAAAAAAAAAAAAAAUAGAGAUUAAGUGAGUGAUCUGUGCAAAAUUUUCAAUUAAACUUUUCAUGCAAGUUGUAAUGGUUAUAAUUGAAUCAAAUUAAUCUAUAUUAAGGUUGAAAAUUGCAAAAUACAAACAUUUUUGCAAGUGGAUUUUUGAACCUCACUGUAUUAAUUUGAUGAAAUGUAAAAACUGGCUUGUAUUUCCAGACAGGAAAUGAGUAAUGGAUAAUUAUAAUUUCCAGCUGUCUAAAAUCAUUGCACUGAGCUUCACAUCUGACAUAAUCUAAGUUUGGAAUAGCAUACUACUAACUUCUCUAUGCUUUAUAUAAUGACUAUAUUGUGCGUAGUAUGCACAUUUACUUUCUAGGUAAAUAUUGUGAGGCAUGUGAGUACAUGCAUGUCUCACAAUAUUUGUAAAAGUGCAGUUUACAAAAAGGACACUUGACUUGAUUUUCCAUUUCCAGUGUGAUUAAUUGACCAAAAAAAGCAUAAUGUUUUACAUACUAUUAAAAAAGGGAUACAGUACCAUAGUACAGUACGUACGUGAUGAGUAUACUCAGUAUAUCAGGAAACUAGCAGCAGGGGGCGUCUGUGACAACACGAAAUGCCUUAUAUGUCAACACGCGAUAACAAACCAGCUGAGUUUUCUCAACACUUGUUAUAAUACAGCAUAUAAUAUGUUAUUUUUUAAUAAGAAUGACUCAAUUUAUUAGAAUGCAUUUGGCGUAUAUAUUUAUACACUCCAAAUAGUUUACAAAGUAACUUUUUUUGUCAGUAUGAAAGUUGGGCACGCAUUCGUCAUUCAGUCAGUCGCUAAUAUUUGCAUCACAUGAGCUUUGUAAUAAGGGUUUUCGAAGUGUUUUAUAAUUAUUACAUAUGCAUUUUGACGACUUAUUAAUUGAGGGAUUACAUGGAAUAUUCUUUUAAAUUAAUUUGUUAUAAAGAACUACAAAAUAGUAGUACUUCGUACUUCCACUCAACUGUUCGCUUCUGUACUGCUGUAGUUCGGACUUGCCAAGUUCGACUCAGGAGAACUCCAGAGUACGAGAGGCGAUUCAUCAAUUCAGCAGUCAAAAUUAAUGUCUUGUAAUAACAUUUUAUUUUUUAAUAAAACUUAAAUUUAAAAAUUUUAAAUUGUUUUUCUAUACAAUCAAUCUACAGUACCAAAUCAUCAUUUAGAGACAGAUGUACACAGUGUACGGCAGACAAACAUGAACACACACAGGCUUGUGGAUACAGUGCACAGAAACACAUUACAUACAACUCUGAUAAGAUUUCAAAAACUAUAAGCAAACAUGCACAAACACGACUGAAUCUGGUAUACUUUUAAACUCACAAAUACAUUGAAACACACAUACAUGUCCAUUGUGCCACCACGGUGGACAUUUCAUUGAUUUAAGCCAGUAAACUAAUGCAAGUACCGAAAUAUGACUUGUCAGAUAUCGUAGUAAAUGACAAACGUAACAGUGUACAAAUCUGAGUUCGAAAAUGCAACAUCCUGGUCUCCAAAAUCCAUACCGUGAGGCAACGUUUGGUCUGAUAACAUUAAAUCAAAUGGAUAAUAUGUUUGGACCGAUUAUCCAUUAAGUUGUUUGGUCUAUAUAUAUAAAGACAAAUUGGCACAGAGUGAAUAGGCAAGAAUGUCGGCAUCCUGUAUCUUGCUAUUUAAUCUUUGACCACUAAAGGGUCACCUUUCGUAAAGGAUUCACUAGGACAGUGUAACCGGGAAAGCAGUGCAUGCUUGGUAGCGUAAACUUGACCUGUUAGUGGUUUGGGAAUAAUAAAACAAGACACAUCAGCAGGAAAAAUGGAUCUCUGCAUGGCACAGUUUUUCACGUGCAUGACUACAGAAAAGAUUACAUCUGCAUAAAUGUGUAUGCGCAGUCAUGCACAGAGAACUUUU